AUGAGCUCGCAGACUAGCCAGGGAAUCUCCCACGCCACCGGAAACUCCAAGGUCCCUCAGUCGGCCCAGGAGAAAGUACCCAAGGACGUCGAACAGAGUCUUCCCGACUCCGUUCAUCCCACGUCAUCGGGUCCUGGCCAAUCUACCAACAAGUCACACGCCAAAAACGGUGGUGAUGCUUCCAUCGUGCCCCAGAAGCUCCAGGAAAAGCUUCCCGAGAGCGUUGAGCGGGCCGUUCCAAACGUCAUUCAUGAUACUGGCGACAAAUAG